GCAUGCAGAUGGGACAAAGAAAGUGCGCAAGAGUCUCGGUGAAUGACUGUCAGCUGAAGGAGUGCAGACCACGAGGUGAAAUUGCAGAAAUCAACAUGUAAUCCAGCAUGCAUUCAACAAUUGGAUGUAAUCUUAACGAAAACUUUGCAGGAGAAUUCUGUGGAAUUGCGGCCACGGAGGCAGACGGGUCAUGCGAGGGAAAAGAAUUGGCGGGCAACGCCAAAUGUCCCUCCAGUGUGAACCUUAGUGCAACUAAGUUCGCCAGUUACACAGGAAAGCUGCGUUCGCACUGGUCCUGCGGUAGAAAUCUGUGCCAGGAGAGGAUCGUUCCUGUGCUAGAAUUGCUUCUCCCGGGAAACAAUUCAUGAGUUAGUAACAAGAUGAUGGCGAACGAGGUUCACAGAAUUUCAGGUCUCUUUUCUUGAGCCCCGUUUCCAAGAAGGGCGUUGAAACGGCUUGCCUGCUCGAGGUUUAGUACUUAGACAGCAAGGCGAGAGUCAAUUUUGUAGAUUUUUCAGUUUGUUUCGCCUUCAUCAGGUGUUCAUUUUAAUUUCCUCCAAACUCAAGAAAACGCUCGAGUGGAGCAUUUGAUUAUUUUUGCUCACAGACGAUCGAAACCAUGGCUGAGAAGUCAUUAUUCGCGUGCAAUGAGCCGAUGGAAUGCAUGCGCGUUCACUUGACGUGAUUGUGAAUAUCAUUCCAAUUUUUUUGUCACCAAUUAUGUGCCAGAAGAAUUUGUCGCGUGGGUGAUUUUUUCGGGACUUUCCGAAUGUUUGAAAAUCAAGAGUACUUCUGGGCACUCAUUGAGGUUUCUUGUGAAUUUUAGCGGCGUUGCUCCUCAAUUAGUUCGGUCUUUGCCUUGGGUGGGUGUCUGUGCACGGUACACACUUUGUCGUUGUUCUGCACGGUUUACUUCACUCAGACAACUCAUUUAUAAAUCUUCUCUGUGCCCCACAUCGACGAUAGGUUUUAAACUAUCGUUGGAGUAUGGAUAUGGAGUUCAAGCAGAGCUGCUUUUGAUUUGAAGUUUGGAAUUCUGUACAAUUUCCUUUUAUCUCUCGAUAAACUGUUUCUGGAACAAUCUGAAGGAUUUCAAGUCUUGUGUAUGCCUUAGAAGCUGAGAAUUCGGCUUAUUCAUUUGAAACAUGAGUUUGCGGUAUGGAUCUGCUAUCAGUGGCCAAUUUUUGCCCACUUCUCAUUCCGGAGGUACAGCUAAGCUGAAAUGUUGAGCUGGUUUAGCUCUUCGCUGUGAAUACUUCCGAAGUUGGAGAAAUAGGUUGGAGCUGGUUUUUCUGCAGGAUAGAUGCAACAGGUUGCAGCGUAUUUGGGGCAGGUGGUAGAGCUGCAUCUGUCGCUAGGAAGUGAAACAUACCAUCAACGUUGUGAACGAGGUUUGCUGCAAGUUGGGAAAGAUGGAGCAGGUGCCGAAGUCAAUGUUGGUGGACAAACCGAUGUCCGUUGUUCUUCAACGAGAAGCUCUGGAGGAGGCUGCCCUCACAGCCGAGGUCGCCUGGGUUGCGAAGAUGAUGAAGCUUAUAAGGAAGAAUUUGGUAUUCGGUACCAAGCAGGCUCAAAUUACAGUUGGAUUUCUGAGGAGUUCCACCAAUGGAAGACUGUUUUCUUCUGCGGAUCAAAACUAUAUGCUGCACUGUAGCACUUCAUUUCCGCAGGCCUGGGACGAGGUACUGGUGUUGAUGCGAGACCCAGCCAAGUCUAUCGAUGCGACCAAUAUUCACAAAAAUGUGCAAUGCCUUAUGAUUCGAGGGAGUCCAAGUGAGGCUUUGCUUCGUAUAUUACAGGUAGCACCUUUUUGUUAUACAUGGGACAGGUGGUAUACGUCCCCCUUAUGCUUGACAACGAAACCUGGCAGACCAGCGUUACUAAGGAUUUCAGAGAAGACCUGGACAAGUUCUUGGCAACAUUGACAGAGUCCAUCUUUGAAGCUAAAGGGCAAACGUUGUUGUACAUUCCUCCAUUAAAUUUUUCAGGCAAUGUCGCAGUUUUGGCACGAGAUAAGGAGUUGACUCAAAGACUCGAGUCUAUUCUCAUCCGGUGGACUCGGCAGAUCAAAGAGGUUGUUAGAAAUCAAGAGGCUUUUGUGGAGGAUGAGUCGAUGGGGCCUUUGGCAGAAAUCGACUUCUGGAGAAAGCGCAACCUGAAUCUUGGUGGAAUUCGGGAUCAGAUUAGACAUCAUCGGGUGAAAGACAUGUUGGCAAUAUUAGAGAAGUUCAGGUCGGCUUACCUUGGUCCUUUCAUGAGUCUUUCUGAACAUAUUGGACAAGAGGCUGUAGUUGCAGAGCAAAAUUUAAAACAUCUGAUUACCAUCGAGGAUCUCUGUAAGAGGUUAUCGACUUCGAAGAUUCGCGAUAUACCCCCCUUACUACCGAAGCUUUUGUUACGCAUCCGUAUGAUCUGGAAACUUAGUCCAUAUUACAACACCUCCGACAAAAUAACUGGCCUACUGUGCAAGGUUAGUAAUGAGAUUAUCAGCAGGUGCUCUGCGGGGAUAGGUCUAGAGGACAUUUUUGAAGGAGACGUGGAGAGAAGCAAACUUGCGUUGUUAGAGAGUAUUCAUGCUAGUGAUGCAUGGAAACGAGUUUACACUACGAUGAUGGAAGUUUCAGGAAGGCCUUCUCUAACUGCUCCUGUUUCUGGGGACACAAGAAAAAUGGCUGAUUGGGGCACAAAAAUAAUAUUUGCACCUAUUGAAGCUUUCCUUCAGCGUUGUCACGAUAUGCUCGAGGUUUGCGACGCUCAGAGUCAGUUUUCCCACAACCUGAAGCUUCCUGCUUUUGGAGGUGCCAGAGGUCUGGAACUCACGAAGGCGCUCACUGACUCUCAAGAAAUUUUCCAAAAGCUUGUCAACAACUUAAGGUCACUCUCCUAUAAUCUACUGGAUGUGAAGGUGACUCACUGGCAUGAUGAUUUUCACGAGUUCAAGGAGGGAGUAACAGAUCUUGAGGUGAUGAUGCAAAAUACGAUGCUGAUGGGCUUCAGGCAUGCAUCUUCAUUGUCAGAAAGUAUUGAAUUGCUAGAAGCCUUUAAAAUGAUGGCUUGCCGCACGCCAAUUCGCAUAUGUGUUGAGAAAAUGACAGAACAGGUGUUCGCAGCUUUUGCUUCGGAGUUGGCUAUGCUCAAAAAACAGUUUGAUCAGCUGAGAAGGCGACCGUUGAUGGACUUCUCGUUUCCUCAGUAUGCGGGAUCUGCCAUCUGGUCUCUCCACUUUGACAGAAGGUUAAAAAAGCCCAUGGCACUUUUAAAUGAUGCUGCGCCCUAUUUGCUGGAGGGAUACGAAGGUCCUGACCUUCGUAUUCAAUAUAAUCAUAUAGUGACCUCUAUUCAGCAGUUUGUAUCCAGUCAGCAUGCUGAAUGGUCACAAAGUGUAGAUCCUAACUUCUUGAAAAAGCUGGAGAGGAGCCUACUGGAUGAAGCAGGCGAAGGUGUCGUUGUGUUGAAGUUCGACCCAACCCUUCUCACCUUGUUUCAUGAGGUACAUUAUUGGUCAUACUUGGGGUUUGAAGUCCCACGAUUGGCUCUGGAUUUCUUGGCCGCCAAUGUAGACCUGUGGACUCUACGCACCAACGUUCUGCUUGUUGCCCGUGACUACAACAAGUUACUAGGUGGUAUGGAUCCUAUUAUGAGAGGUCUGGUUUCAGAUCGUGUGCUUCAACUUGACAACAGUGUGGAGCCAGGCUUACUUAAGCUCACCUGGCUAUCAAGCAAACAGGAGCUGGCUGAUUAUCUCCAUGAUGUACGAGUGAAAUGCCAUGUGGUGGAUGCAACGAUUCUGCAGAUUGAAGGGUCCAACAAGAGAAUUACACAAUAUUGUAUCAGUAUCAGCGAGGGCUGGCUUAUCAACUUGGAGAAGAAGAAAGUCUAUGAGAUUAAUGAUUUUGAAGCUAAGCAGGCUGAGCAUCGGGAUAAGUCUAAAGAUCGGUUGCAACGGGUAUUUAACAGUAUAAAGGACACCAUUUCCACUUCCUACGAUAAAUGUGCGAGUGACUCCGAAGAAGUUCGGAGCAAAUGGGAGGAAUAUAGAAGAAAGGUGGAGGUUGAAAUGGAGAAAGCUCUGAGGUGCUCAGUCAUGAAGUCGCUGCAGGAGCUCUCCAAGGCGCUUAGUUCUGAGGCGAAAAUGCUUAAUCCUGUAUUCAACACCCUGGCAUCACUAGAAAAAUCAUCAGGUCACGUGAAGAUAACUCCCUCGUUGCAGGAUAUUCUAGAUGUUGUUCAAAUGGUUGCAAAGGAGCUGGUUGCAGUAAUAUCAGUCGUACCUCGACUACGAACUCAGUCAGGUCUUUUACCUGAUGGCAAGAGCGCAGUUAAACUGCUAACUCCUUCAGUUUCCUCUGGAACAACCUCUUCAUCCGAUAAAAGUAGAGAGAGACAAGCAGCUCAAGCUGGCGCACAGAAGAAAGCAGCCGAUGUUAAACAGGAGCCCACAACUCCAACUUCUACCAUAGCCUCACUGAAGUACCUUCCAAGCUUUUAUGAGGUGAUUGCUCCUGACCAAGAAGAGGUGAUUUCAGUCAUAACAUCGGCUGUACACUCAGUUCAUGAGAAAGUGCAACUCUUCUUACAGUCAUGGGAAAGAAAGUUCAAGAGUGUGUGGGACCAAGAUAAGGAUGCUUACAUAAGAAGGUAUGAGCGCGCAAAGAAGCCGUUGUCAGCCUUUGAGACGGAUAUAGUCAAGUAUAAAGGCUUGACGGAAGAUGUUCAGGCUGAAGAGACUAUAACCAAUCUAAGAUUUCUACGCAUCGAGGCUGGUACCCUGAAGCAGUCAAUCAUCAGUCACUGCGAAGCCUGGGUUAUAAAAUUCACAACCCUGCUGAAUCAAAUUGCAAAAACGGAACUGGAGUCAAUACAUGCUUAUCUCCAAAGCGUUACGGAAAUACUUAACCUUCCUCCUGAGAACUUGGACAUGCUGACCGCAACUGCAAAUAAAUGGAGAACCGUUAAGGAUGAAUGCGCCACUACAGAAGCCCGUUUUGCACCACUGGAGGAUAAAUACAAAGUUCUUGCAAAAUUCGAGGUGCUUGUGCCCGAGGAAGAGAAAAUUCUUCUGGAGACUUUGCCAGCCAAGUGGGAAGAAUUCAAUGCCAUGCUAGCUAGUGUUGAACAGAAACUUGAGCAAGCCAAGAACAAUUUUCGUGACACUCUUUCCAAGAUGGUCGAUAAUUUUGUUGCAGAGGUUGCCGACGCGAGAACAUCAUUUACUGAGCGCAUGCCAAUGAGCAACACUAUUACUGUCGCUGAAGCAUUUAAGUUUAUUGAGGAGGAGAAGAACAAGGUGCAAGUGUUCCAACAAAGAGGAACAGAUCUAUGGGCAGGAAUGAGUUUGUUCGGAAUGGAGAAACUUUCCAAUAAGGAAAAUUUGCAAACUCUGAAAGAACUUGAGCUUCUUCAGAAUAUGUGGGGACUCAAAAAAGAAUGGCAGGAAUCUUUUGAUGGCUGGAAAGAUGGGUUAUUUAGUGAGCUCGAUGUACCUCUUAUGGAGAGUUCGGCACAAGUUAUCAGUAAGCGAGUAUUCAAGAUAGGUCGUGAGACCAAAACAUGGGGAGUCUGGACUGCCCUCAAGGAAACAAUUGAUGCAUUCAAGACAACUUUGCCACUAACGGUGGAUCUGCGGAAUCGUGCAAUGCGAAAACGGCAUUGGGAUCAACUCGUAGAGCAUGUGGGACAAAAGUUUGAUCCAACCUCCAAGGAGUUUACCCUGGCCACGGUUGCAGAGCUUCGUCUUGAUCUGCACGCGGAGUUUAUUUGUGAGCUAAGUGUUGCAGCUAGUAAAGAGCUGGCAAUAGAGGAAGCCAUUGGGAAAAUUGCUGAAGUUUGGGCUACGUUUGAGCUGGAUAUGGUCGAAGAGAAAGGGGUGUGGAGGUUGAGGGGAACGGAAGAACUAUUUGCUCAACUGGAAGAGAAUAGGUUAGCGUUGUCGUCCAUGAAAGCAAACCGCUUUCAUAUACACUUCGCUGCAGACAUCAACAAGUGGGAAAAGGAUUUAUCCUUGCUGUCAGAAACAGUUGAAAUGAUCGUUCAGGUCCAACGAUCAUGGGCUUAUCUGCAAAACAUAUUUAUCGGAUCCGAGGAUAUCCGGAAGCAGUUACCUGCAGAGUCUGCCAAAUUUGAUGGCGUCAAUGACUUAUUUAUAAGUACAAUCAAUACGAUCGGGGCAGAAAAAGUUGCAACAAAGGCGAUUUGUAAACCUGACUUGCUGAAAACUUUCAUGGAUUUGGACAAAGGUCUGGAGAUGAUUAAAAAAUCUCUAGAUAAUUACCUUGAAAAUAAACGUCAACAAUUUCCGCGCUUUUACUUUCUUUCAAAUGAGAACCUUCUCGACAUUCUCGGUCAAGCGAAGGACCCUCGCAAUGUGCAGCCGCACUUGAAAAAGUGCUACGAAGGGAUCAAGAAACUAGAAAUGCAUGAACCUGGGAAAGAUGGCCGGCGACAUUAUGAAGCUUCUGGAAUAUACUCUCCGGAUGGAGAGUACCUUCCGUAUUCAACACCUGUAGUUCUGGACACUCGACCGGAGGAUUGGCUUAUUCUGGUUGAGUUGGCGAUGCAAGCGGCGGUGAAAGUACAUCUCUUUCAGACUCUGGAGGAAACCAAAACGCCGAAGAAGGAGAAGUGGGUGAAAGAGAAUCCUGGACAGUGUUUAAUCAGUGCUGGGCAAAUAAAGUGGACCACAGAUUCCGAGAGAGCUCUCACGCAAAUGGCAGCUGGAAGCAAGGGAGCUCUACGAAAGCUUUACAAGAAAUGGAUCAGUUAUCUGAAUAAAUUGACCGCCAUGACUCGUAUGAAACUAACUAAGAUUGAUCGGAAUAAAGUGACAGCUUUGAUAACAAUUGAAGUACAUUCACGAGAUGUGAUCGAGAAGCUAGUUAAGGUGGGAUGUGCUUCUCCUGAAGAAUUCGAAUGGUCAUCUCAGUUGAGGUUUUAUUGGGAGAACAAUGACGUGGCGAUUAAGCAAGUGUUGUCAAGAUUUAUCUAUGGCUAUGAAUAUCAAGGAAACAACGGCCGCCUUGUGGUGACUCCAUUGACAGAUCGGUGCUACAUCACACUUGGAGCGGCUAUGUUCACUCGCCGAGGAGGAAAUCCUCUUGGUCCUGCCGGUACAGGGAAGACUGAAACUGUGAAAGAUUUUGGCAAAGCACUCGCCAGGUACGUUAUUGUGUUUAAUUGUUCGGAUGGAGUGGACUACAAAAUGACAGGAAAAAUCUUCUCUGGAGUUGCUCAAACUGGAGCAUGGGUGUGUCUCGAUGAGUUUAAUCGGAUAGAGGUGGAGGUGUUGUCUGUGGUAGCUACUCAAAUUGCCUCAGUGAUGAGUGCCAUUAAGCUGGGUCUUGAUCGAUUCGUCUUCGAAGGGGUUGAGAUGCGUCUCAUUCGAAGCUGCGGAAUCUUUGUCACUAUGAAUCCUGGAUAUGCAGGUCGUAGUGAGCUACCAGAAAACUUGAAGGCGAUGUUGAGGCCAGUUUCCAUGAUGCUUCCUGAUUUUACACUUAUUGCAGAGAAUAUGCUCUUUAGCGAAGGUUUUCAAACCGCAAAGGUUCUUGCGAAGAAGGUGAUAGCUGUCAUGGAGCUUUCUCAGAGGCAGCUCUCAAAGCAGGAUCAUUAUGACUACGGGCUUCGAUCCUUUGUUAUACCCAUUGCUCGAGCAGCUGGAUCGACGAAAAGGGUGGACCCUGACUUACCGGAGGAUGUUAUAUUGCAACGGGCUAUGAGAGAUCUUAUCAAGCCAAAACUUAUAUAUGCAGAUCUUCCCCUCUUCAAUGCGUUGUUGUCAGAUCUAUUUCCCGGUUUGGAGCUGGCACCGAAGGAAAGUGAGUUUUUGAGAAAAGCCAUCGAAGAAGAUCUUGUGUCUCGGGGACUACAAGUGGUACCUCCUUUUGUCCAGAAAGUCAUUCAGCUGUAUGAUUGCAUGCUAGCGAGGCAUGGAAACAUGCUGGUGGGGAGGACAGGAUCCGGGAAAACCGUAGCUUGGAGAAGCCUGCAAAAUGCUCAGGGACGUCUGAAAGACGCAGGUCAUGUGGGCGAUUUCUGGGAGCAUACGUCAGUGUUUAUAAUGAAUUCACUUGCUCUGUCAAAUGAUGAGAUUUAUGGUUACACAAGCAAGCUGACCGGAGAAUGGAUUGACGGGAUACUUGCAUCCAUAAUGAGAAGAGUCUGCCCUGAUGAAGCGUUGGACUGUAAGUGGAUCAUGUUUGAUGGACCAGUGGACACAUUGUGGAUAGAGUCCAUGAAUACGCUGCUUGAUGACAACAAGAUCCUCACGCUCCUGAAUGGAGAGAGAAUCAAUAUGCCAAUGCAGGUUUCAUUGCUUUUUGAAGUGGAAGACCUGUCACAAGCUUCUCCUGCAACAGUCAGUCGUGCUGGUAUGAUAUACCUGAAUGUUGAGGAUCUGGGUUGGUGGCCAUAUGCUGAGAGUUGGUUACAACGUAAAGUGGCAGCCAAAGUAGACCCGGUUUUGGUAGCAACUUAUCGCAGACUGUUUGAAAGAUACGUGGAUGCAGCCACAAAGUGUCGAUUGACAAAGUGCAAAGAAACCGUUCCUAUAGAUGUACUCAACAGUGUGGUUACAUUAUGUGUGCUCAUUGAUGCCUUGAUUAUUCCCGAAAAUGGAGUCAGUUCGGCAGAUGGAGAACAAUAUGUUGUGUUUGUAGAGACUUGGUUUUUGUUCUGCCUGACUUGGUCCAUUGGAGCUAGUGUUGAUGAGGAAGGUCGCUCAAACUUCGACAUGUUUAUGAGAGACUUCGACCCAAGAUUUCCAGCCACCGGUACCGUUUUUGAUUAUUGGGUGGAUCCCAAAAAAAAGGUUCUGACUCUUUGGGAAGAAAAGCUUAAUCCUAACUGGAAGAUCACUCCAGGAACUCCCUUCUUCAGAAUUCAAGUUCCUACAGUAGAUACAGUGAGGGUUAAUUUUCUUGUAAAAACGUUAGUUACAGCAAGUAGACAUACAUUGGUCGUUGGAAGGGUAGGAGUUGGGAAAACUCUUAUCAUAGGCACUGUUCUAGUGACUUUGCCCGAAGGAUUAGCUUCAAUGGUUAUGAAUUUCUCCGCGCAGACGUCAUCAAACAGUCUUCAGGAAACAAUCGAAGGAAGACUCGAGAAACGGACCAGGGGAGUGUUUGCACCACCUGGCGGCAAGAAACUGGUCUGUUUCCUUGAUGAUUUGAACAUGCCGAAAAAAAGUGUGUUUGGAUUCAUGCCCGCGUUGGAGUUGCUCAAGCUUUGGAUUGAUAAUGGAUUCUGGUACGACCGCAUGAAACAAGAAGUGAAACAAAUCAAAAAUUGUCAACUUCUUUGUGCAAUGGCGCCUCCUGGAGGUGGCAGAAGCAAGAUUUCUCUUCGAGUUCAAGCUUGCUUCUCUUUGCUCAAUGUCACCACUCCGAAUGAUAAGCAGAUGAGAAGAAUUUUUGGAACCAUUCUCCUAGCCAAACUAGCAGAUUUUGAAGCUGAAGUAAAGCAGAUGGGAGAAAACCUGAUUAUGGUCUGCAUCAACGUUUUUACCACUAUCUUUUCUGAAUUGUUGCCGACUCCAAGCAAAGGUCACUACAUCUUUAACAUGCGUGAUCUGGCGAAGGUUAUUCAAGGACUUCUCAAUGGCAACAAGGAUGUUUAUCACACCAAAGUCUCCAUGCUUCAACUAUUUUGUCACGAAUGUCUACGUGUGUAUGGUGAUCGAAUGUGGGAUCCCGUGGAUAGACAAUGGCUUUGGGAUCUUUUGAACUCCAAGCUGAAGGACAACUUCAACACAGAUUGGAAAACAGUCUUUGGCCAGGAUAAAUUCAGGCCAUUAAUUACAAGAUGUAUGGAGCCAGGAUUAGAUGACGCCAAAUAUGAACAAGUUCCAGGCUUCAAAGAGCUGAAAGAAGUGCUUGAAGAUUGUCUAAAAGAGUGCAAAAAUCAGCCGGGCAUAUUUGGCAUGGAUCUAGUGCUUUUCAAAGACGCAAUGGAGCACAUUUGUCGCAUUCAUCGUGUUAUAACUCAGCCGCGUGGCCACAUGCUUCUUGUCGGUGUCGGAGGCAGCGGGCGUAAAAGCUUAACGAAAUUGGCGUCAUUUUUGGGUGAUAUGAAGGUUUUCCAAAUUCGGAUCACCAAUAACUACCUUUCAUCUCAGUUUCAUGAUGAUCUCAAGUUACUGUUCCAACAAGCAGGACUGAGUGAAUUCAAAGUUCCUACUGUGUUUUUGUUUGAUGAUACACAAAUAGUUCAAGAAACGUUUCUUGAGGAUAUCAACAACAUUUUGAGUUCUGGAGAGGUUCCUAAUCUUUUUAACAAGGACGAUCUCACUAUGAUCUUCGACACGAUUCGUCCUAUUGCCAAAAAGGCGGGUGCCGGUGAGACUGAUGACGAUCUUUUCACUUACUUCAUAGAGAAAGUAAGGGAAAGUCUUCAUGUGGUCUUAUGUCUCAGCCCCGUUUCGCAACAAUUUCAGAAGAGGCUUCAGAUGUUUCCGGGACUCGUCAACUGUACGACUAUUGAUUGGUUCCUGGAUUGGCCAGAAGAUGCGCUAUCUGAAGUGGCAGUGCGAUUGAUGGCCGACGAGCAGAAUCUAGGAACAGCGGAAGUCAAAUCCGCUGUUUGUAAUAUAUUUGUUACCAUACACAUGUCUGUCGUAAAUAUGUCAGCUAAGAUGUUUUCUCAAGUGAAACGCAAGAACUACGUUACACCCACCAGCUACCUUGAAUUCGCCAAAGGAUAUCGUAAGCUGCUUGCAGAGAAGAAACAGUAUAACCGCAAUGCUGCGGAUAAACUCAAGGGGGGUCUGUCAACCCUGAUGGAAACAAGAGAGCAAGUGGCAAAGAUGCAGAUUGUGUGCCAAGAGAAGCAAGUUGUUGUUGCUCAGGCGAAGAAGGAAUGUGAAGAAGUGCUUGUGCAGAUUGUUACGGAGAAAAGAAUUGUCGACGAUCAGGAGAUAAAGGUCAACGCAGAGGCGGCACAAAUUGAGAAGGAAGCCGUUGUAUGUAAUGCUAUAGCAUUAGAUUGUCAACAAGAUCUUGACAAGGCAAUGCCGGCGCUGAAUGCUGCCGAAGCGGCACUGAAUGUUCUCACGAAGAAGGAUCUGAGCGAGGUGAAGGCAUAUGCAAAACCGCCUGCUCUGGUGGAGAUGACGUUAUCAGCUGUCAUGACAGUGCUCAAGAAGGCAGCCACCUGGGAGUCGGCCAAGAAAGAACUCGGAGACUCUCAGUUUCUGCAGAAUCUCAUGGCUUAUGAUAAAGACUUACUGGACGAUCCGCUCCUUAAAAAAAUUGCGAAGUUCACAAAGCAGCCGGAGUUUGUGCCAGAAACCAUCGGUAGAGUCUCCAGUGCUUGCAAAGGUCUCUGCUUGUGGGUCCGUGCUAUGGAAACAUACGGAUACAUAAACAAGGACGUCAUGCCGAAGAAGAUAAAACUGAAAAACGCGCAGGACAACCUUGCCAAACAGGAAGCGUCUUUACAGAAGGCCAAAAACCAACUUGCGGAGCUUCUGGCGAAGAUCCAGGCUCUGAAGGACAAAUAUGAUAAGUCUAUAGCUGCCAAGGAGGCUCUUCAAGCAGAACUGGAUGACCUCAGUGUGAAAUUGUUUCGGGCAGAAAAACUUGUUUCUGGAUUGGCUGGAGAGAAGGAAAGAUGGGAAGCUUCAAUCAUAAAUUUCGAGGAGGGAAUAAAGAAGCUGCCAGGAGAUUGCCUGGUAGCAGCAGCAUGCCUCUCGUAUUCUGGGCCCUUCGCUUCCGAGUACCGAGAUGACCUCGUCACUGGCUGGGUUGCCGAGGUGAUUCGACUGGCUAUUCCCUCCUCGCCUGGCUUCUCAUUCAACUCAUUCUUGGCGGAUGCUGGUGACGUGAGAGAAUGGAACAUUCAAGGUUUACCUGCUGAUGCGUUCUCCUCCGAGAACGGUGUGCUUGUCACUCGCAGCAACAGAUGGCCUCUGAUGAUUGACCCUCAGGAACAAGCAAAGAAGUGGAUAAAGAACAUGGAAGCGCAACAUGGCCUUGAAGUUGUGGACUUACAAAGUGACAACAUGAUGAGAGUGAUGGAAAAUGCGUUACAGAAAGGGCUUCCAGUGCUACUUCAAGAUGUGUACGAAGAGGUCGACCCGGCUCUCGAGCCGAUUCUUGCAAGGUCAUACAUACAGCGAGGUGCCAACUUCUUUAUCCGGCUUGGAGACAAAGAGUUGGAUUACAACUUCAGUUUCAAGCUAUACAUCACCACGAAGCUUGCAAAUCCACACUUUCCUCCAGAGAUCUCCACCAAGACCAGCAUCAUCAACUUUGCAGUGAAAGAGAGCAGUCUAGAGAAUCAGCUGUUGACGCUGGUGGUACAGAAGGAGAGACCAGAUUUGGACAAGCAGAGAAACGAGCUAAUCGUUAUUGUGUCCACAGGAAAGAAAACACAGAUCAAGUGUGAGGACGACAUUCUACGCUUGCUCGCGACUGCUGAGGGCAAUAUGUUGGACAACCUGGAGUUGAUUGCCACUCUCGAUACUUCGAAAGAAACAUGGGAGAAGGUGAAAGAAUCGCUGGAAGUUGCCGAGAUAACUGCUAGAAAAAUAGAAGUUGCCAGUUCCGCUUACAAGCCCUGCGCUGAACGUGCUGCCCUGCUCUACUUCAUCCUCAUCGAGCUUGUACUGAUCGACCCCAUGUACCAGUUCUCCUUGGAAGCAUACACGGAACUCUUCCUCAUAUCGAUAGCCAAAUCUGCCAAGUCUGAUAACAUCAACGAGCGGAUCAAAGGGCUUAAUGAGUUUCACACUUAUGCCGUUUACAAGUACACGACUCGUGGGCUUUUCGGAAAGCACAAGUUGUUGCUGUCGCUUCAGAUAUGUGCCAAGAUUCUUAUGAGAAUUGGAGAAAUCACGAGUGAGGAGUGGGGCUUCUUCUUGAAAGGAGGAAUUGUGAUGGACAAGGCAACUCAGAUCCCGAACCCCUUCCCGAAUUGGAUCAACGAAGAGAUCUGGGACAAUCUCACCGAGAUUACGAAGAUACCUCCGUUUGAAAACCUUCUGGACAGCUUGAAAGGAGAUCAAGUGAAGUGGAUGGAUUGGUACAAGAAUCCUGAGCCCGAAGAAAUUGAGCUCCCCGGGGACUGGGAGGAGAAAUGCAGUGAACUUCAACGCAUGAUGCUCCUGCGUUCGUUCCGAAUGGAUCGGAUCAUCUUCUCGUGCACAACCUACGUCUCCAACUUUCUGGGACAAAAGUUCGUCGAACCCCCUCCUCUGGAUUUGGGAGAUUCUUACGGAGACUCAGUGCCGUCAAGUCCUCUGCUUUUCAUCCUUUCUGCCGGAGUUGAUCCAACUACUGGCUUGAGGCAAUUCGCUACCUUGAAAGGAAUGGAUAACGACUUCCACGCUGUGGCACUUGGGCAAGGCCAAGCCCCCGUCGCCAUCAAGCUAAUCAACAACGCAUCCAAGUCCGGAGGAUGGGUGUUUCUGGCGAACUGUCAGCUCAUGACCAGCUGGCUUCCUGCGCUGGAAAAGAUCAUUUCCACUCUGGAGAAGAGCAAACCCAACCCAGGCUUCCGAUUGUGGCUAUCGAGCGUCCCCACCGAUAAAUUUCCAAUAGGCAUUCUUCAAAGGAGCGUCAAAAUGACAGCUGAGCCUCCCAAGGGUCUCCGAGCUAACCUGCUGAGGAUGUAUAACACUGUAACGGAGGAGUCAUUCUACAAGUGCAAGAAACAAGACAGAUAUCAAAAGCUCUUCUUCGCUCUAGCCUAUUUCCACAGCGUACUGCUGGAAAGGCGCAAGUUCGGAAACCUGGGUCUCAAUAUACCUUAUGAUUUCAAUGACACAGAUUUUGAGGUGUCGGAUGAUUUGCUCAAGUCCUACCUAGAUGAGUAUGUGGAGACUCCUUUUGAAGCUCUGAAGUUUUUGAUAUCACAAGCUAACUACGGUGGGCGUGUGACUGAUGAGCUCGAUCGGAGAGUACUAUCUUCCUACCUGAAUCAAUUCUACUGUAAAGAAAUUCUGACCACUCCGAAUUUCGAGCUUUCUUCGCUGUUGGCAUACCAUGUGCCUGAUGAUGGAACUCUCGGGAGCCACAAGGAGUUCAUUUCAACGUUACCAGCGCAUGACAGACCUGAGGCAUUUGGUCAACAUCCGAACGCAGAUAUCGCCUACCAGCUCUCGGACAGUAGAGAAAUUUUGGCUACUAUUGUUGGUUUGCAAGCUGGUGCAGAAACCGGCAAAAAGGGGGCAAGCAAGGAACAAUCAGUGGAUGCCAUAGCAAGCGAACUCUUGAUGCAGGUUCCUGAACCCUUCAAUAUCGUUGAGAUCGUCAAGUCAAAGUCUUUGGACCCGUCUGCUCUUCAUACAGUGCUGUUCCAAGAGAUAGAACGUUACAAUAUUCUGCUGAAUCUGAUUCGAAAUCACUGCCAAGACUUGCAAAAAGGAAUUCAAGGAUUGGUGGUUAUGUCCAUGGACUUGACCAUCAUAUUCGAUGCCUUCGCAGCUGGCCGUGUACCAGCACAAUGGAUCAAGGCUUAUCCGACCAUCAAACCCUUGGGGUCGUGGACCAGAGAUCUUCUCGCGAGGAUUACAGAGCUCAAAUUGUGGAUUGAGGGAACAUAUCCAAUUUGCUACUGGUUGGCCGGUUUCACGUAUCCGGCUGAUUUUCUCACUGCCGUGCUGCAGACAACUGCUCGCAAGAACCAAAUCCCAAUUGACACGCUAGUGUGGGAUUUCACUACCAUCUACAAAGAUGAAAUGGAAAUCACUGAGUAUCCCAAGGAGGGAGUCUAUGUCAAAGGCUUGUAUUUGGAAGGAGCAGGCUGGGACAAAACUAACGACUGCCUGACGGAACCAAAGCACAUGGAAUUGAUUGUCCCCAUGCCAAUAAUUUUGUUCAAGCCAGUGGUGAACAAAAAGAGGAAUCUCAAGGGGCUGUAUCAAUGUCCACUAUUUUUGUACCCUCUUCGGACAGGAACAAGAGAGAGGCCCAGUUUUAUACUGUUUGUCACAGUGAAAUGUGGCGCACAGGAAUCUGAUUAUUGGGUGAAGCGUGGGACUGCACUCCUCUUGGCACUUGCAACAUGAGCUAUUUUUAAUUUUCCCAAUCCACUCCGGAGGUCCACCGAUUGAUGGCUCCCAUGAUCGUGAAAAUCACAAUAACUUCAGCUAUUGGGUUCCCAGAUGAAGACUCGCUCCCCAUCAUCAGACACCACAGGUUGCAAGUAUCUUCGGAGGCACCAUAGCGUGAUUCCAGCAGCCGAGAGAAUGUCAUGACCGGAUCCUCUCGAUGUGGAAAUGCCACGCAGGGUCUUAGGCACAGGACAUCUUGACUUGGAACAUCCAGAAACAGGAGGCACCGCACCUGUCGUUGCUUGAGCCUCUGUAGACUAUUCAUUUCAUGCUCGUCAUCAGUCUCUGAGAGAGCGGAGAGUUGGAUAUCACGAGCCAAUGCUUUGUGUGGAAUAUUUGUUUGACAAGUUGGAUUUGGUGGGCCCAGGAUGGCCUACUUCAUCCCGGGCAGUUGUCCAGGAGAAUUCUGGGACUCAUGAUGAAAGAUAAAAGUUCAUCAGCUUCUCGUCAGCUUGACCUCUUGCAACAACCGCCAAUCCCACUACCUUUGUCUUCGGUGGCUUCUCAGAAUUCGCACAGAUGCAAUCCUCUCGCCCGCACCUGUCCACUGCUACGUGGUACCGAGCGGUCUAUCAGACAUCUGAUUAUAGGCUUCAGGAGCACUAUUCUGUCCUCAGAAGUUGAAUCUGUCAAUGGAACCUUGACAGCCUUCAAGCAGUGCAAACUGUGUGCCUGGAGAAUGCUUGUGGAACAACUUUGAUUCCAUGUGUAACACACACAGAUGGACAGACAGCGGAAGUUUCAAGCGAAUCUGGACCACAAAGUGGAGGAGUCAUCUCACAGGACGAUUCCCAAAUCAACAGCCUGAUGACAUUUGUUUCAUUGUGUACUGGAACGACGAAAACUUCCUCCCAUUAGAAUAUUGCAGUCCACACGCCCCGUAAGAAGAGAACGCUGUCAAAUACCUUCAACCACUCUUGGUCUGCAGGAUUCCAGUCCUGAAAAGUUAAAGCUCAAGCUGUGCACUGUGGGAAAGUCCGUCCUUGCAGUUUUGUAAAGCUAAAAUUUUGCACAAGAUUUCGAGUCUCCUGUUGGAUGAUGAUAAUGAUGAUGAUAAUAAUGAUGGAAGACUUGGAGAAUGGGUAAGGAAUAAGGAGCAUUCAGUAGAGAACUUGUACGAGAAGCCUAUAAUGUGCAUCGAGGACGCAAGA